UAUAUAGCUAUGUAAGGAUGAAGAGAUCACAACCAAGUACCACUUUUCAGUUCCAAAAAAAACCAAAGGGCUACUUUUCAUUUCUCAAUCAUUUUUCAUAUCACUCUAAACUUUUGAACACCACAGAAUCCAUGGAGGAGGAGAGGAUUGAAACGACAAUGCGCAACUUACCCCCUGAAAUCCUUCGCCAAAUCGUUUCAUUAAUCCCAUUGAAAGAGGCUGUAAGAACCAGCACUCUCUCCACCUCAUGGAAAACCCUCUGGACUCCAUUCCAAGUCGAAUUCGACUCCGACCCGAAUCAAAUUACCGGUGAUACCGACGAUGAAGCAAGCAAGAAGAUAAAUCAAUUCGUGGGUUUGCUCUCGAAAUCCUCCAGUUCUCCAGAGCUUUGGAGAUUUUCUCUCCAAACGGAGAAGACACAGAAACCUCUGUUUUUCUCAGCUGCCAAGGGAGGAGGAGGAGGAGGACGAGGAGAAGAGCUGCAUCUUGAUUUCCUUGCAAAAGAAAAUGAAAUUCAGCGUAAUUUCAACUUGGUUUACGACCCGACUCCUCGAAUCUCCAAUCUGUCUUCGAUAAAGACUCUGCAUCUGGUUUCUGUCAACAAAAUUGCCGGGGACUUGGUUUCGACUCUGUUUUCCAGCUGCCGGUUUCUCGAAAGCUUGAAGCUUGAGAAAUGCAGUGGGAUUCAGAGCAUCGAUAUCAAAGCAAGUGCCUCUCUCAAGAGUUUUGAAGUGGUGGGUUGUGAAGACUUGGAAAGUAUCGCGAUUUCUGCACCGAAUUUGAAGUCGUUGUGGUACAGAGGAGCACUUCCUCUGAUUCAGAUAAAUGGAUGUCUGAAUUUGGUUGAUGUGGUGCUUGAUUUGAGAGAAGGUUUUGACAGAAGUGAAUUUGAUUGUGAGGAUGUUUUGAAUCUUCUUUCCUCUCUCAAGGAUGUUGAGAGUUUGAAGAUUAGUGGGUGGCUUCUUGAGUGGUUGUGUGCAGCAGGGGUGGUUUUCGGAAGGCUUCAGUUCAGAUUCAACAAGUUGAAGGAAUUAAGCUGGUUUGAUGCUUUGAUGAACCAGACAAAGAGGGAUUCAUUGGCUUGCUUCUUGCACAUGUUACCUUACUUGGAAAAAUUGUUCGUCAAGAUUGAUCAAAAUUUGAGCUCCAUCCCCUGCCCAUAUUUCCACCAAUACUGGCACGAGCCUCACUUGUGGAUGGACUACGAAACAGUGACGUCGCAUGCUUGUCAACUUCAACAUCUGAAACUCAUUCAAUUGGAAGGUUUUACAAAUGAAGAGGAUGAUCAGUUGAUGAUGCUAAUGAAUCUUUUACUGAGGCAGUCAGUUGCUCUUAAAUCCAUGACUGUAAUAUCACCGGAAAAAGAGUCACGCAGAGUCACGAAAGUACCGAAGAGUCAGUUAAAGCAGACAUCUGCGUGCAAUCCGAAGCGGAUAGUUUUUUCUUCUCCGAACGAGGACUACUUUUUUGGAUUAAUCGAAGACGGAAAUAAUUUCCUUUGGUUGUAAAUUUAGGUAAUCAAGCUUUUUGAUUUUCUUUUUUUCGGGGGAGGGAGGACUGAACUAUUGUAAAAUGGGAGGAAUUGGAUGGCCCUUCAAAAAUAAUUGACAGAAUAAAAUCAAUUCUGUACAGAUUAAACUUCUGUUUUUCCGUAACUGGACAUGCAAGAAAAAGCCUUCCAGUUAUAUUUCCGUUUGACCCCCCAAAAAAAAGUCUUCCAGUUUACAAUGUCAAAUUUAUUUGAUCCAUGAAUACUCAUUUUAUUGUUGAUCUGAA